AUGGUAACCAGGAGUGGGAUUGUAAUCACUCCUCAAGACAAGCCAAAAUUGGUUCAGCAAAAGAAAGUUGAUGAGCCGAUAAUUGAGCCAGAGCGUGAGAAAGAAGAACCUGCAAGGCAAGACAAAGAAGAAUCAAAGGAGAAAGCUGUUGAAGCUCCAAAGAAACUGAUGGAUUAUUCUCGUUUUGAGAAACCUCCUUAUCCCAUGAAGCUCAAACAACAGAAGAAGUUCCCAUCAAAGCUUCGAGAUCCUGGGAAUUUCAACAUCCCAAUUGCGGUAGGCAACACUAAUGUUGGCCGGGCACUAUGUGAUCUCGGAGCAAGCAACAACUUGAUGCCAUUGUCAAUAUGCAAGUCAUUGGGAAUUACUGAGUUGAAGCCAACCAUGGUCUCUCUUCAACUUGCUGACCAUUCUUUGAGGAGACCUAAUGGAAUCAUAGAAGAUGUCCUUGUUAAAGUUGACAAGUUCAUCUUCCCUGCUGAUUUCAUCGUGUUAGACAUGGAAGAAGAGAGUGAAAUGCCCCUUAUGUUGGGUAGAUCGUUCUUGGCCACAACUCGAGCUAUGAUUAAUGUAGAACAAGGAAAGCUCGAGUUGAGGAUGAAUGAUGAGAAAAUCACUAUUAAUGUUUUCGAUGCUAUGAAGAAUCCCUCUGAUCAUAGUGAUUGUUUCAAACUUGAAGUGUUUGAAGAGGUGGUUAUGGAAGAGAAAAGUGAUUAUCAAGAGCUUGAAGAAGAGUUGAAGGCUCUAGAUGAAGCUGCUUCAGAAGAAGAGUGA